AUGCGGUUAAUUCAUGUCCGCACGUUUCUCGAUGUCGAAGAAGGGAAGAGGGUCGAUCUCGAGGCAAUUGUUCUGAAAGACCUUGUUGAUGAAGAUCUCGCGCGCAUUAAAUAUGGGAUCCUCUCACACUGUUGGGGCGACCCCAAGGAAGAGGUGCAAUUCAAGGAGAUGGAUGCACUGAUACGAAUGGGAGGACCCGCGCGAAAAAAGCUUCGACAACGUAGUGGAUACCAGAAGAUUCACAAGAGCUGUGAACAGGCGUGGAAAGAUGGGCUCGCCUGGUUGUGGGUCGACACAUGCUGCAUUAACAAGGAGAGCAGCGCCGAAUUGUCUGAAGCCCUGAAUUCAAUGUUUCGGUGGUACGAAGACUCGGCAAGAUGCUAUAAGAUGUUUCCUAAUUCCAGCGGGUGGCCGAAAUGGUUCUCACGUGGAUGGACAUUGCAAGAGCUCGUCGCUCCAAACGUAGUUCACUUCUUCAACAAGGCAUGGCAAUACAUCGGCGAUAAAAAGAACCACGCUCAAACGAUAUCGUCGAUCACUCAAAUUCCAUCCCGCAUUUUAAGACAUGGACUGGAUGCGCACCGUCCCAGUGCAGCACAAAUCAUGUCCUGGGCCGCUGACAGGAAGACGACGCGAACGGAGGACAGAGCGUAUUCUCUUAUGGGGUUGUUCGGCGUGCAUAUGCCAAUGUUAUACGGUGAAGGGAAGAAUGCAUUCCGUCGCCUUCAAUUAGAAAUUAUCCGGAUGGCCAACGAUCACAGCAUUUUUGCGUGGGACCGAAAAGACAACGGAUGGUCGGGAAGUGUGCUGGCGGACGACCCGAGCUUUUUCCGGGACUGCCAUGACAUCAUCAAUAUGGAGCCCGAC